AUGGAUGACGAGUACCUCGCGCAGGGCGGCGGCGGCGGCGAUGCUGGCCAGAGAGCCGCGCUGGAAGACGGCUCUGGCUCCGGCGGCGUGUAUUUUUCCCUCGAUGAUGUCUUUGGGCCCGAGUCUGAAUCAGGGCUGGCAUCUGGCGAGGAUUCUACCGCCUUGGUUACGUCUCUGGAUGGACCCGAAAACCCUCAUCACCCAUCUGAUAUGUGGCGGUUGGAGACGGAACACACAACUGCAGGCUAUCGAGAAGGCAUCUCGGCGGCAAAAGAGCGGACCAUCCAGGCUGGGUUCGACGAGGGUUUCAGCCUUGGCGCUACGAUAGGACUCGCGGCAGGGCAGUUACUCGGCACCCUGGAAGGCAUCGAGGAAGCUCUGAGAAAGUUCAACGGCGUGGCCGGUAACGAGGAAAAGGAAGCCGCGGAUGCUUCCAAGCUGUUGGCAGAAGCUAGAGAGGAGCUCAGUGUUGUCAAGAUAUUCAGCUCUCACUACUGGGCCCCGGACGGAAACUGGACCUACGACGUCAACGAAGCCAAUGGAAGCGACCAAGUGCUCUUCCCUGAUGUGGCAAAGGCUCACCCCCUGAUAAGGAAGUGGACCGACAUCGUUGACGAGCGAGUCAAACUGUGGAAGAUUGACCGAUCCCUGCUCGACGGCGAAGAUGGCGAUGGCCGGAUGGAAACUGCAGCAGACGACGCCACCGGCAAUGCCAGCACGAUCACGCUUCCUCCUGCUACAUCGAGACAGCGCCUGGAGUGGUGA